CCUUCUUGUAAUGCGGGCGCUUUGGAUAGCCAAAGUUUCGUUCGUAUAAAUAUUCUUCGACCGUUGGUCAACAGCAACAGUUUACCCGCAGCGUUCGUUCUAGUGUCACAUUGAUCCUAUCGCACAGGAGAUCCAAAAUGUUCAAGAUUAUCGCUUUGGUUGCCUGUCUGGCUAUUGUUGUAUCAGCUGAGUAUCACAUUGUAGAGGAACAUCACCAUCACGAGGAUUACCAUUCGCAUCCUAAGUACAAAUUUGAGUAUGGUGUUAAGGACCCGCAUACCGGAGAUCACAAGAGCCAGUGGGAACACCGCGAUGGAGAUGUGGUAGUGGGAACCUACACUCUGGAUGAAGCCGAUGGAACCCAUCGUAUUGUGUCGUACAACUCAGAUGACCACAAUGGAUUCCAGGCUCACGUGCAACGAGUUGGACACGCCCACCAUCCACAUGGAGAAAGCUGGGCUAAUAUCGAUCAACACCACUAGAAUGAAAUGGGCGGCGCAAUUGAUUCACUAAUUCAAUUUCAUGACUGUUGCUAGUUGUAUAAGAAGAUCACAUGCCAAAACAAUAGAAUGUUCCUCGCUUGUACAAUUGAA